AUGAGACAAAUAGAGGAUGCAGCACUUGCUGCUGUACGCAGUGUAUUGCUGACAUGGAAGGCAGAGCAGGAAGAGUUUGCGCAACAGCGGCUGCUGCAGCAGAAUCAGAGGGGCGAUGAAGUAUAUGUUGCUGGGUCUGCCCAUGGCAGCAGCAUCGGCAGCACUGCGGAAGCCUUCGAUGAAGCGUCUGCUGCAGUGUUUCCUACCGUAGGGGGAGUACGGAGGCUGCAGCAGCGUGAGCAGUGGCGAUUGCUUCCCCAGCCGGCAGGCAGUGGAAUGAUACAAGGCGGCCUCUCUCAGAUGAAGGGCGGGCCAGUGCUGCAAGAUCGACGGCUUUGCAGGAGCAGCAAAACUUCCUUCGUGUCUGAAGCAGCCAUAGCCUCAAGUGUACGUGCACCUGAGCAGCAGCAGCAGCAGCAGAGCCAGCAGAGAGAAGAUGCGAGGAACAGUAGCAGCAGUAUAAGUCCUGCAUUUCUGCUGAUUGGCAGUCCUUCCCCUCGAUACUUCCCGAAACGCCCGCGGGGCGCCAGCAGCAGCAGCAGCGGCGGCAGCUGGAUGCGUCACAACAGCAGCAGCAGCAACAGCAGCAGCAGCACCUGGCCGAGCGGCAGCUGCGGACGAAGCUGCGGAGAUAAAGAGAACAUGGACAGCCACACGAUCGCAGAAGAAGAGCAGCUUUAUCAUGAGUGGCUAGAUCAUGUUCACGGAGUCUAUAUAAAUCGAUUCGAUGAUACCGAUCAGUAUAGAGACGACUUCGAUCCAGGUUACCGCAUUCUUGAUAUUCCAGAGGCGGAGUAUAUCAACGAUUUCCAUAGACUGAAACAGAAUCCAAUAGAGUUGCUGCUGCUGCUGCUAGUAGUAGUAGUAGUGAGGGAGGAGGCGAUUAUGAGGCAUCUCUUUGCAGUGCAUCUCGAGGCAGUUCUCCGUGCUUUGGAUCCGCCGAGGCAGCACACACGUUUGCUGCUGCUGCUGCUGCUGCUCCUGCUCCCGCUGCGGCUGGUGGUGCUCUUCCUGGUCCUGCUGCGGCUGGUGGUGCUGCUGCUGCUGCCCCUGCUGCUGCUGCUGCCGCUCCUGCUGCUGCCGCAAUGCUACCUUUUGCGGCAGAUAGUGACGCAGCAACACGA